CGGCCCCGGGGGCCCGCAGUGGAGAGUGAGCGGGGCUUUCCCUGCCGGGCCAGCCCGGCGCGCUCGCCCCUGGCUGGGCAGGUUAUUCACUAUAAACAAUAUCCACCCAACACAAGCAAAGUUUAUUCCUACUUUGAAUGCCGUGAAAAGAAGACAGAAAACUCCAAAUUAAGGAAGGUGAAAUAUGAGGAAACAGUAUUUUAUGGGUUGCAGUACAUUCUUAAUAAGUACUUAAAAGGUAAAGUAGUAACCAAAGAGAAAAUCCAGGAAGCCAAAGAUGUCUACAAAGAACAUUUCCAAGAUGAUGUCGUUAAUGAAAAGGGAUGGAACGACAUUCUUGAGAAAUAUGAUGGGCAUCUUCCAAUAGAAAUAAAAGCUGUUCCUGAGGGCUUUGUCAUUCCCAGAGGAAAUGUUCUCUUCACGGUGGAAAACACAGAUCCAGAGUGUUACUGGCUUACAAACUGGAUUGAGACUAUUCUUGUUCAGUCCUGGUAUCCAAUCACAGUGGCCACAAAUUCUAGAGAGCAGAAGAAAAUAUUGGCCAAAUAUUUGUUAGAAACUUCUGGUAACUUAGAUGGUCUGGAAUACAAGUUACAUGAUUUUGGCUACAGAGGAGUCUCUUCCCAAGAGACUGCUGGCAUAGGAGCAUCUGCUCAUUUGGUUAACUUCAAAGGAACGGAUACAGUAGCAGGACUUGCUCUAAUUAAAAAAUAUUAUGGAACGAAAGAUCCUGUUCCAGGCUAUUCUGUUCCAGCAGCAGAACACAGUACCGUAACAGCUUGGGGGAAAGACCAUGAAAAAGAUGCUUUUGAACAUAUUGUAACACAGUUUUCAUCAAUGCCUGUAUCUGUGGUCAGCGAUAGCUAUGACAUUUAUAAUACGUGUGAGAAAAUAUGGGGUGAAGAUCUAAGACAUUUAAUAGUAUCGAGAAGUACACAGGCACCACUAAUAAUCAGACCUGAUUCUGGAAACCCUCUUGACACUGUGUUAAAGGUUUUGGAGAUUUUAGGUAAGAAGUUUCCUGUUACUGAGAACUCAAAGGGUUACAAGUUGCUGCCACCUUAUCUUAGAGUUAUUCAAGGGGAUGGAGUAGAUAUUAAUACCUUACAAGAGAUUGUAGAAGGCAUGAAACAAAAAAUGUGGAGUAUUGAAAAUAUUGCCUUCGGUUCUGGUGGAGGUUUGCUACAGAAGUUAACAAGAGAUCUCUUGAAUUGUUCCUUCAAGUGUAGCUAUGUUGUAACUAAUGGCCUUGGGAUUAACCUCUUCAAGGACCCGGUUGCUGAUCCCAACAAAAGGUCCAAAAAGGGCCGAUUAUCUUUACAUAGGACGCCAGCAGGGAAUUUUGUUACACUGGAGGAAGGAAAAGGAGACCUUGAGGAAUAUGGUCAGGAUCUUCUCCAUACUGUCUUCAAGAAUGGCAGGGUGACAAAAAGCUAUUCAUUUGAUGAAAUAAGAAAAAAUGCACAGCUGAAUAUUGAACUGGAAGCAGCACAUCAUUAGGCUUUAUGACUGGGUGUGUGUUGUGUGUGUGUGU